GCGGCGGAGGCCCACUCGGGCGAGCCAUGCCGGCCGCGCGCGUGGAGUACGUCGCGCCCUGGUGGGUGGUGUGGCUGCACAGCGUCCCGCGCCUCGACCUGCGCCUGCAGCCCGUCGACAGCACCUUCAAGCCCCGCGAUGAGAGUUACCAGGAGGCGCUGCUGUUCCUGGGGCUGGUGGCCGCCGUGGGCCUGGGCCUGAACCUGCUCCUCCUGGCGGCCUACCUGGCGUGUGCACACUGCCGCCGGCCGGGUGAGUCGGCGCACUCCAAGCGGCGUGACCCCUGCUGCGUCACCUGGACGGCGGUGGCGGCCGGGCUCGUCUGCUGUGCGGCGGUGGGUGCUGGCUUCUACGGCAACAGCGAGACCAAUGAUGGGGUGCACCAGCUGCUGUACGCCCUGGGCAACGCGAACCACACCUUCUCCGCGAUGGACGCGCUGGUGUCCGAAACCACGCAGACCAUGACGGUGGACCUGGAGCAGCACCUGGCCCGGCUCCGUGAGAUCCUGGCCUCCCGGGGGGAUUACCUGCAGACGCUCAAGUUCAUGCAGCAGAUGGCGGCCAACAUCAUGGUCCAGCUGACCGUCGUGCCCGUGUGGACGGAGGUCACCGAGGAGCUGACCGAGCUGACCGAUCAGACGGGCCAAGUGGAGUACUACAGGUGGCUGUCCUACCUCUUGCUCUUCGUCCUGGACCUGGUCAUCUGCGUCCUGGCCUGCCUGGGGCUGGCCAGGCGCUCCCGGUGUCUCCUGGCCUCGGCGCUGUGCUGCGCGCUGCUGGCCCUGCUCCUCUGCUGGACGUCCCUGGCCGCCGCCGGAGCCGCCGCCGUGGGCACCAGCGACUUCUGUGCGGCCCCCGACACCUUCCUCCUGAACGUCACGGAGGGCCACGUCAGCACAGCGGUGACCCGUUACUACCUGUACUGCGGUCAGAGCACGAGCAGCCCCUUCCAGCAGGCACUGACCAUCUUCCAGCGCUCGCUGACCACCAUGCAGGUCCAGGUGGCCGGACUGCUGCGGUUCGCCGUGCCGCUGUUCCCCACGGCGCAGAGCGAGCUGCUUGCCAUCCAGCUCCUGCUGAACUCCUCCGAGGCCAGCCUGCACCAGCUCACCGCCUUGUUGGAUUGCCGGGGGCUGCACAAGGACUACCUGGAUGCUCUCACCGGGGUCUGCUUUGACGGCAUCGAGGGCUUGCUCUGCCUCGGUCUCUUCUCCCUGCUGGCCGCCCUCGCCUUCUCCACCGUGAUCUGCGUGGGACCCAGAGCCUGGAAGAGCUUUACCACCAGGGACCGAGACUAUGAUGACAUCGAUGAUGACGACCCCUUCAACCCCCAGGCCCGGCGCAUUGCCACGCACAUCCCUCCCCGGGGGCCGCUUCACAGCUUCUGCAGCUACAGCAGCGGCCUGGGCAGCCAGACCAGCCUGCAGCCCCCGGCCCAGACCAUCUCCAACGCCCCGGUCUCGGAGUACAUGUGCCCAGGGGUCGCCUGUGAUGCUGCUGACCUGGCCCUGGGCAGGGGAAUGCGGGCGGGCGGAGGGGGCAGCCGCCGUGACCGCCUGACCGUCCCUCCCGCCCUCUCCCCACAGUACUCGCCCAGCAUGAGGGCCACCUACCUGUCCGUGGCGGACGAGCGUCUGCGGCACUACGGCGGCGAGUUCCCGGCCUAACUCCUGCGGGGCCCCUGCCCCUCCGUCCACGUGGGCUUCUGGUCACCGUGAACACAAGCGCCUUUCUCAAGUGGACACCAAGGGCUCCUGGAGACCUCUGCUGCCACAGGGUGGCGGCUCAGACUGGGCGGGGGGCUGGACCGGAGCCUCGGGCCACGGAAGGCCGAGACGUGGCCAGCCCGGCCCCGGCCCCUCACUCUCCCAAAGGCCGUCAGUGCUGGGUGCCCGGUUCCAUGCACCCUGCACCCCACUCUCGCCAGUGGGUAGUAGCAGCGAGGGGGCCGGGCCAGGCCCAGGGUCCCAUAACCGGGACCGAGGGCCACGUGACCCCCUGAGCCACCUGGCUCGCGGCUGGGCACCCCCAGGACAGGGGAGAGGGCUCCGAGGUGCUUUUCCAGGAAGCGAUGUUGCCGUGAGGCCGGACACCGCCCAAAGCAGCCUCCUGGGCCACAGGGAAGGUGUUGGGGUCUCUGCCUGGGAGGCUGAUGGGUCGGGUGGGGGCACAGCCCGGCGCCCGCAGCGGGACACGUCGCUCCCCCCCGCCCCCGCUCCAGCAACGGCGCUGUGAGCUUACUGCAGCUACGGACAGUCUCAGGUAUUAACAGACACUUUAAAAGCAACUUUAACUUUUCCCCAGUGCUGUACAUAUUUCCAUUUUUCCAAAGAAUUGAAACUCAUAGCAUAUCCAGUUUUUAACGUCAAUUAAGGGCUCGUUUCUAACAUCUGGUUUGUGUAUCGUUCUUCGGCUGGCGCCGGCCAGCUCUCGGAGGCUCUGGGAGACCCAGUGAGACAUCCUGUCCCAGGCCGCUGUCCGAUUGGCGGCCGUAGCCGCUCUGGGAAGAGCGCUCUUAAGAGCGGAAGAGGGCUGGGGGGCCAGCUCUCAGAACCCCCGUCCAGGGAAGUGGCCGCUGCCCAGAGCAACUUGCCUUCCUGUUGUCCUCGAGCAAUGACGUUGGUCAUUAAAGCAAGGGUGCACCCCGGAUACUGUGCGUGACCCUGCCCGGCACCCGCCCAACCCCCGCGCUGUCCCCAGCCGGCGGCCAGGCCGCCGGGCACCAGAGCUCGCUGGCACGGGGGAAU